UUUUGCCAAAAUUAUUCUCCAACUAGCACCACCCCACAACCCCACUCCCCUCCUCUUUAUAACGAGCGUCCUCGGCAACUGCCUUCCCGCACCAGCCCGCACAGAGCCUAUAGAGUCCAUAAACUUACAGAAGUCCUUUCCCUCUGUUUUAAUUCUUCCUUAGAGCUUAGACUCAGUGAUCGCGCUUCCCAUCUUCCAACUCUCCACUAGGGUCUGCUACCAUUGAACAUAUUGAAAAGCACCUCUUCCUCUUAUCAAUCAUCCUAUAUUCUUUCUGAUCCUGUUAGAUGGCCUCCAGUUCGAUGAGCCUCUCACGCACCUCGGACUCCUCCUGGACCCUGAGGGAGAACAAGAAGUUCGAGGAGGCCCUGGCGAAGUAUGACAAGGAGACCCCCGACCGCUGGCACAAAGUGGCCCAGGCUGUCGGCGGCAAGUCGGUCGACGAGGUGAGGCGCCACUAUGAACUGCUCAUCAGGGACAUCAAUUACAUCGAAACGGGUCGUGUGUCAAUCCCCAACUACUGAUCCCCUGAUCACAGGGGAGGCGGCAAUGGCCGGUAAGGAUCAGAGGCUGAAGCAUCUAAUGCUCAAGGGGAGCAUAUAAGUAUACAUAUAUCCGUAUGGAAUAAUAGGAGCUUUGUUCUUCACUGGAUUUCCAGAUAGAAGCAUGCAAACGACUCCAGGAUGAUCAGCGAUCGCCGAUCUUGUAGCAGCCUAAUGUCUCUAUUGUAUCUUUCACCUUCCCCUUCCAUUGUAAUUCCACUGUAGACUGCGACAAACAUGUCUGUCUGGUACUGUAUAUGCUUAUUGCUUAAUGAAAACAAGUUUGGUAUAAUUCCAUA